CUAAUCCUAGAUCCAUUUCCGCAAACCCCAAAUCCGACCAAAACCAUGCAAUAUCAUACCAAAAUCUCUUUUCAUCCUCAAAUAAUUCUUUUCUGCAUCCGCUAAUAGUCGCCAUGUUUGCUGCCUCUCAGGCAGCGCUGUACUAUACAAUCAAGUACAUGUUGAAACACCUAGAGGGAGUAGGCGACCCUGAUAAACAAAAACAUCUGGAGAAGGGAAACAAGGCUCUAGAACGCUUGGGCUUGAAAGAUGCAGAUUUAGAUGAACAUGAGCGCACAAUUGCAGCAGAAAUCAUAUCUCCCGAGGAGAUGAAUGUCACGUUUGCUGACAUUGGUGGACUAGAAUCCCAGAUAACCUCGUUACGAGAAACGGUUAUCUAUCCAUUGACUCAUCCACAUCUUUUCACGUCCUCUUCUCUUCUUUCCGCACCGAAAGGAGUGCUCUUAUAUGGACCUCCUGGAUGCGGUAAGAGUAUGCUUGCCAAAGCCUUGGCAAAGGAGAGUGGAGCUACCUUCAUGAACAUCAGUGUAUCGACACUGACGAAUAAGUGGUACGGGGAGUCAAAUAAACUUGUCCAUGCCAUGUUCAGCCUGUCCCAACGGAUCAAACCAUGCAUUAUCUUUAUCGACGAGAUUGAUUGCUUCUUACGAGAAAGAGGUAAAGGUUCUAAUCAUUCUAACAGACAAUGGGAUGGUCUUUUGACCGCAAAGGACUCUCGUAUAUUGAUCUUGGGUGCCACCAACAGACCGAAUGACAUCGAUCCAGCAAUCCUGAGAAGAAUGCCAUCUCGAUUUGCUAUUCGACUACCCUCACAACAACAGCGCCUCAAGAUCCUUCAACUCAUGUUGAAGAACACGCCUUUGUCUCCUUCGCUCUCUUUGGAUUUCCUGGCAGCACACACCGAAGGAUUGUCUGGAUCUGAUCUUCAAGAAUUGUGUCGAAACGCUGCAAUGCACCCAUUGAAGGAACUCAUGCGGAGAGAAGGUGGACUGAAAGGACUAGAAGCAGCGGAAGGCGAACAGCUGACGCUGCGACCCUUGACUCUCCAAGAUUUCCUGACAUUAGAGGGUGAUUUACUACCUCCACCCGGUACCAACGAUCCCGUGCCUCUCGCGUACGACAAACGUGCAUCGCAAGGGAACGGGCACCCGACUAUCAACGGAGUAGACGCAUCGAAAUCAGAGCUGAGCUCGGAAUAUGAUGAUCCUUUAUGA